AUGGAAUACUCCGGCCCAGACAGGCACGCUCUACUGGUUAUGAUAGUCGAUUACAACUUGUAUCACCCGCACGACAGGAUCACGAAGGCGACCAUCAGCCGAGGCCUCGAAGGGGCGAGAAAGACUCUCAUCGAUAGAGUGGCUGAGAGGGAAGCUUUUCCGCUCAACGAGUUUCAGGAAAAGGGGAGGAGACUCAGGAUCAUGCUGGAAGAGGUGGAGGAGCUGACCGACCUCAACACACAUCUGGCUUUGCGGUGGAGAGAGUUGUCGGACGCUGUUGCGGAAAUGACGCCUCUGGUCAGCGAGAAGUGGCAGUGGACUUUGGAAGAAUUUGAGAGGCGAGAGGAAGACAAAAAGCAGAAGAGGAGGCUGAAAGAGCUUGCUGCGCAGAGAACUGCCGAGUGGGGAAAACAGCAAGAAGCAGAAUGGCUAGCGCGGAUCGAGGAAGAAGAGAGGCAGGCAGCGGAGGUGACUAGGCAGAGGAGAGACCGGUUCGAAGAAUCCAGAUCGAAGAGAAGAUCACCAAGCCCCCCACCGCUACCAGAUCUGAAUACCGGAAAGACGAAAUCCGAAGACCUGCGAGAGGAACCGGGUCCGCUCUCUCCUCUGCUGCCUCCGCGAAAACAGGAUAACGCCAGUACAAAGCAGCGGGUAGAAUCACCGGGUCUUCCUCACCGGCCUCAUUCAGCCGUGCCUGUACAUGUUGCGUAUCCUAUCCCCAUGCCGCCGCCCGCGCAAGGACCGACCACUCAAGCAUCGAAGAAGCACAAGAAUAAGAUGGUAUUCAUCAAAAAAGAAGGGCUCUGCUUGUAUGACCGUCGUAAUGGUGAAACUUUCAUCGAGCUGGAUAUGGAGCCAACUCCUUCCCCGACCUCCCCUUCGCUCGCCCAGAUCCGGAAGAAGCCCGAGGAGAGAAGCCACCAGAGUGCAAGAAACCCUCUCCAGCACGAGAAGAGGGAGGACCUUGGCAGGCAGAAGUCGUCCAUGCCUAGAGCCAGCGGACCCGCUCAAAGCGCACCUCAUCUGCCAGCGGUGGAAACCCCACGCAAGAUCUCGUCGCGAGAAGCUGCCAUGUUUCUUAAUAGGAAGAAGGGUAGGGGGCUUGAAGAUCAUGGACCGAAGAUGGAUAAGGCUCACUAUGACGCUCUGCGUCUGGCAUCAGAGAUUGCAAGGUUCUCGUGGCCGGCGUCACCGCCACCGCCACCAGCCGAGAGGCUGUAG